AGGAAACAUACGCCAUUUGCAUGUCAUCGUCGUCUUUUUGACAACAAACACUAAGGCGUCGUCCUUGAUCAUGAUAAAGAGUUAGCCAUUUAUAACCAAUGUUACUGUAGGUACUGGAGCAGGGACACAUCUACCUAUGAAACAAGAAUUGCCGGUACUGCAGUUCCUGUCUGUUGUUAGGAUUAACUGAGAGAUCAGUACAACAAGAAUAAUGAGUUCAUCUCACUUGCAUACGAUUGUCAUCAAAAAUAAGGAUGAGCAGUCGUUGAAGCGAUUUGAAGUAAAUGCACCAGAGAGGAUCAAAGAACCAUGUUCAAGACAGAUUUUGAUAAUAGAGCUGAAAGAUGUGUUAUCAUGCCAGAGUGGGAUGGUAAAGGAUGACUUAGACAUCAUUACCAGUGAGACAGGCCAAAAAAAUCAGAAUAACCCCCCUACCAUGAGGGCGCACGUUCAUCUAAAUAGGGGCAGGACGGACGCGAUUCUGAGAAAUCUAAUUGAGAAUAAGGACCAACUGCUGGAGAACUAUAUACAACAACUUCUGGAACAUAACAUCCAAAUCAAUGAGCUGGACCUCUCAGGGCACCAGCUGCUGUUUGAAGUGUUACUGAAAGACCAGGCAGACAUUGAUGAAACUGUGGACAUGUGUCUGACACCCUUCAAGUUCUGGUUGGUGGAGGAGAGUAAACUGUCCAGUUUUAAACCCUUCUCUCCAACUUCAUAUGAUGGAGUACAAUGUUAUUUGGAAUCAUAUGGUCAGGAAAAUUUGUUUGUUGAUCAGGGCUCAAGUUCCAGGAUAGAAACUGUUACCACAAGAAUCGGGAAACAUUCCAAUGAGGAAACUGUAUUAGGUUCUAAUGAUUCAAAAAGUAAUGGGCAAGAAUUCAAAACUGUAACAAGUGAUGAACAUAUUGAAGAUCAUUUUGAUCAGGAUGUAAAUAGUGAAGAGAAAGAAAAAUUUGGUUCGCAACCAAUCAAAAUUGAUGAACUGAAAAGACUUAGAAGUGUCGAUACAGGAAAAUCACACUGUCAAGAAAAAGGGUUCAGUGACCAAAUGUUUGAAAGUACAGGGACCGCAUUGAAGGAAAAAGCAAGAAAAAGACGAGUACAGGAGCGAUUCAAUAUUGGAGAUUUUUCAAAAUCUUCUGGCCGAGAAACUGAUUCUAUUGGUAAUGACGUCAUAAAUCCCUCCAAAGUUACAAUUGAGGACACUACUGAAGCCCUUGGACUAGUUAUGAAAACACCAGCAUCUUAUUCAGUGGGGGAGAAUACUGAGAAGAGGCUGGCUGAGCUGAAUUCGAGAAAUGAUAAAACGUUCAUGGAUUUGGAUAGAACCAAGUACAUCAUCGAGGGUAGUGAACAAGAACAAGGAAAUGACAGUACAUGUAUUAAUGAGACAGAUGCGACAACUAGAAUAAGAAACAUGCUUUGUAUACUGCUGAAGCAGGCUUUUAUCAGUGACCAAAGUGAGGCCAUUCAGCGGUUUAAGGAAGUGUACGUAAACAUGUUGUCAGACAUGUCAGCCUUCUACAAAUACCACUACUACGUCGAAUCAGGACCCAAAGAGCUUAUCUUACUGCUGGUAGCUGGAUUUAAGGAAGGAAAAGGUUCCGAGUCCUCUCAGCGCUUACUACAGGAAUAUACACAACUCAACCGUGACCGCAGUGUUAAGGGUCAACGAACUGAUGCACACCACAGCUUUGAUGCACACCACAGCUUUGAUGCACACCACAAACGUUACCGCAAUGAAAAGAGCAAAAAAUGGGAAGGAGUAAGCCAAAUAAAAGACUCCGAUAAAUCAGGAAGAACGUCCCCUGAAGGUGGCAAUGAGAUUGAAGACGGAGUGGUUCCGACAAAUAACGAGAAGGGAACUGUAGAACUAACAGAUGGGGAGUUGAAGGCGAGGGCAAUGGGUAAAAUGCCAGUUGAACAUAUUCAAUCCCAUUUCUUUCAUGCUGACACACCUGAAACUGAUGGUUGUGGUGUAGAGGAAGGCAAUGUCAAGCCACACAAUAGUCACCUUAGUAACGUGGUGUCAUCCAACUUUUCCUCCUCAGAGACACAUGGUGGUGGAGGGCGAAAUGAAGAUUGUCACCCUAUACCUGAUACUGGUGAUCCGCUGGAUGACAGCAGCCUCAGUAGUGAUGUCGAUCUUCAUGGCGAUGGAAACAGAGAAGAUAGUUACGAUGCAGACGACGAUUCAGAUUUCAAUUGUGACGAGGGUUUUACUAAUAGUUACCCUGGUGUGCGUACCAUACCUGAAGGCUCCCAUGCCGAUUCGAGAGGAGGGGGAGCUAUGGGUGCUUCAGGGGAAGAACCAUCAACGACUGAUAGAUACAAGGCAUUUUUAAAAUCCUGGAAAAUAAACCUUGGAGACAACGGUGAAAAAUGCCUGUGCUCUGCUUUACAAGGCUGUGAAAGCGAGCAGAACUCGGCUCCAAGCACCAUGUUCCUACUCGACUUGUCCAAGAGCAUGAAGCAUGGUGACAAGAUCACACAAAUGAAGGCGGAAGUCCGGAGUAUACUACAAGAGGCAGGAAGUAAGCACCUUAGAGACCAGAUGUCAGAGACAUACGGUGUGGCGGUGUUCGGGCACAAAACAGAGGUGCUGCUGUAUCCUACCAUAGACCUGCACGAGGUGCUGGACAAACUAGAGUUGCCAAGAUUUAAUGAGCAAGACGGUCGCUCCCCAUUGGGCCUUGGUCUCCUUCUGUGCACCUGUGUGUGGUUUUCAGAAAAAGGCACAGGUGGCACUGUCUGGUUACACGGGCGAAAGAUCAAACCUCGGAUCAUAGUAAUCACCGACAUGAAAAUGAAUGAGAUAGCAAGAAGAGCUGGGAUGGUAAGAGUAACUGGGGAAACGGAGGAGGAUAAAUUUGAACCCGAGUCUGAUGAGACGAUUGAAGUGAAGAAUGAGCUAAUGAACAUAGCUUUGAAACUUAAACAGAUGGGAAUACCUGUGUACGUUGUACCAAUUGGGGACACGAGACAGGUCCGCAGCCACUUUGAGGGAGUUAUUAAAAUUACAGGAGGGGAAAUAAUAGAUAAGAAUGGAGGAAAGCUGGGCCGACAGACGUGGCAGCAGAUCAUAGCUUGUAACAUACUGGAAGGGAUGGCGACCAACUGGGGACAUUUGUCUGAAGAAGACUUCCAGCUGAUGAUGAAGGCUUACACUGGGGAUGACCCAGAAGACAUGGAAAGUGUUCAAAGGAUAAUUGCAAAAAGGCAAGCUCAGGAAAGAAAAGAAGACAAUAUCAGGUUACUCGUACGGCAGACAGGGGAGCCAGGUGAACAGCUUUGGAGUGAAUUCCCCUUGGGUGAACGAGUACAGGGAGAACAAGAUGCUGAUCUGACAGGCACAGUUAUUGGCCAUUUACCAGAAAAGAAGAUCUUGGUACAUUGGGACAACAGUCCAACUGGGGAGCUGGAAUCCCGGGAAAUGUCUGGUCUGAGAAGGGGUUACCCGAGGGAUUGCACGAAAUACGCCGGCGAGACACACCUUGUAGGGUCAAGGGUCAGGAAAAUAUGUCGUUCUGAUGGGGCAGAUGGAGGUGCACCCCUGAUUAUUAUGGAUGAUACAGAUGUGGGAACAGUAUUAACGUUGUCAGCACUACAGCCAAGUGUGGUCUACGUUGCUUGGAGAGGUGACCAGAUACGCAGGCAUUCCAUUUUUGAUAUCUGCAGGUUUCAAGAGCAAGAUCCCGACUACCAAUAUGACCAUUACUGGUUGUUCUGUGACAAUGGACAAUGGCAGCCAUUUCCCUGUGAUGUAUCAAAAACAAUAGAAACAAAGAAAAAAGCAGCAGCAAGAACUAUACUCGUGAAUUUUGCAGGAAAACAAUACAGGCUUUUGUUUCUCAAGAAUCAGAUGCGUUCGACACAUUGCAGUAAUGUCUCGUAUUCGAUACAUCAACAAGCUAUCAUUCCUCCUUGAAGCCUGAAAGCGUUCCUUCACCUGAGCAUCCAAGGAUGUCGAAGUGGCAAAGAGGUGUAGUGCUGGACUGAAGCUACGCAGGAGAUAUCAGCCUUCUGGUACAGACUACACACCUGUUAAACAGAGUAACAAUGCUAGAGAUAUCAUCAGUAGUGUUGCCAGAAAUGUAACAGCUUCACGAUUGUCUCCAACAGUGAUGGAUACAUGAAUUCAUUUAUUACAACUACCCACUCAAACAGAAUUGCUUUAUAUCACAAUUUGUAAUUACUUGAAUUCAUGGAUGAUGAUAACCAACAAAAUCAACAAAUUAAAAGCCCCACCAAAAUUUGUGAUUUCACAGUACAUCAGAUUUAAGAUUGUCGUCACAUUACUGACGUUAGUCAUUGACUUUAGAAUCGAUUCUAUUAGCGAUGCCAUAGCUUUGGGUUUGUUGCAAUAAGUGUCAAGAUUAGCACUGAUACUGGUGCAUCAGCUUAAGAAUUGUUGAUGAUUGUACUGUAAAAUAUAUGUGUAAAAUAGAACACAUCAAUCAUACUGCCAUAUGUAUAUGUAUUGGCCCUUAUAUUUUUGUAUUUCGCGGACUGGAACAGUCAGCUUUUUGUUGAUAUCCCUUGACAUUUAUAGUGGAAUGUAAUUGUUGGAAAUGUAUCUGAGGAGGUGAUGAAAGAAGAGUGUGCAGAAGGUUGUUAACGUCUGUGCAAUCUCCGGAUAGAUCUGUGAUAAUUCUAUGUUUGUUUUGUUAAGUUUUCAAGGCGAAAAAUAUGAUUGUUAUGACUUUGUUAUUGCCGUCCUCUAUACUCCAGUGGUUACGCUCACUUUUGCUCUCUGCACACCUGGAAUAUGUCGCAACAAAAUCGAAGGCUCAGUGUGCGCCACUUUGUGCAUAAGACAAGAGGACUAGUAUGAUCCUUUGAAGUAGAUCAAACUAUAGUCCUCGUGGUCCCGUAACGGUAAAAUCUGGUGUCGCUCCUCUAAUCUUCAAAGGACAGGUAUAUAUAUAUCAGCCUAGCGAAUGGUCAGGCGAUUUUACCUAAGACCAAUAAAAUAUCUAUCUUUGUGCUUUAAUUAUGCUUUGAUAUAUUCCAGGGGUGAAGAGAGCAAAAGUAAGCGUUACCCUUGGGGUAUCGAGGAUAUGUUAUUGUCCGUUAACCUUUGGAAGUGCCAUAAUAUACUCAAUAUAUACAUGUAGAUCAAUAUUUAUAUGACAACAUAAUUCAGAUUUUCUAUUCAAAGGUUUGUUUUAAUGUGCCUGUAAGGAUAAAUUAUAAGUAUUUCUAUGAUUAUACCCCCGCAACGAAGUUAGGAGGGGUAUACUGCAAUCGCCCUGUCUGGAUGUCUGUCUGUCUGUCGUCUGCUGUAACUUGUCCGGAAAACUCCUCCUUAACCAACAGGUGAAUUU